AUGAUGCUUCAACACCCAGGCCAGGUCUCUGCCUCGGAAGUCAGUGCCUCUGCCAUCGUCCCCUGCCUGUCCCCUCCUGGGUCACUGGUGUUUGAGGAUUUUGCUAACCUGACACCCUUUGUCAAGGAAGAGCUGAGGUUCGCCAUCCAGAACAAGCACCUCUGUCACCGGAUGUCCUCUGCACUGGAGUCGGUCACUGUCAGCGGCAGACCCCUGGAGAUGGCAGUCAUGAAAACUGAGGUAGCCCCGGAAGAAGACGAAAGGAAAAAGAGGCGGCGGGAAAGAAAUAAGAUUGCAGCUGCCAAGUGCCGCAACAAGAAGAAGGAGAAGACAGAGUGCCUGCAGAAAGAGUCAGAGAAGCUGGAGAGCGUGAAUGCCGAACUGAAGGCCCAGAUCGAGGAGCUCAAGAAUGAGAAGCAGCAUUUGAUAUACAUGCUCAACCUUCAUCGGCCCACGUGUAUUGUCCGGGCUCAGAAUGGGCGGACUCCAGAAGAUGAGAGAAACCUUUUUAUCCAACAGAUUAAAGAAGGAACAUUGCAAAGCUAA